AUGCCACCAAAACCUCCUGUCCGCGCAAAGUAUGCCGUCGGCGAUCUGGUAUUUGCCAAAGUGAUUGGCUAUCCUCCGUGGCCGGCACGGAUUGUGGCCGAACCGCCGCCCGGCUAUACAGUAGGACCCGGAAAAUAUCCGGUAUUUUUCUUCGGCACCUACGAGAGUGCUGUAGUGGCCGUUCAAUAUCUGUGGCCAUACCUGGAAACCAGACACAAGUUGGGUAUACGUCGACGAAAACGAGACAUGAAUUACUUUAAUCAAGGAUUGGAUGAAAUUGAAAACAAUCCCAACUUAACUGUUAGGGCCGUUGACGUCGGCUGUGGUGAUGGCAAUGACAACUGUAUGGACAUCGAUGGACAACGAGAUCAAGUGGUGGACAACAACGAAACUGAUGAAGAAAACAGCGAUGAGUCUGAAGAAGAAGAAGAGAGCGAUGAAACCGAUGAAGAAGUGAGCGAUGAAACCAAUGAUUGCGAAGAAAUAGGUACUGAAGAUGAAGAAGAAGAUAGCGAUGAAGAGAUGGUCAAUGAGUUGUCCAUCAAUAAUUAUUUGUAA